AUGUCGUGCUACCUACAGCAAUGCCUCCCUCCGAUCUACCAGGACCCCAUCCCCAUCAAGUACCCGCCAAUGUACGCUGCAAGACACCCGCCAGUGCCUACCUGGCACUCGACACUGUGCACCCCACAGUAUGUGACCCCCUGUGUCCCCCGGCAGCGGAUCAUGUCCUCCAGCUUCUCCCAACAGCAGUGUGUGACCCAGUGCAUGCCGCGGCAGCAGUAUGCAACCAAGUCUGUGCCGCUGCAGCAGCGUGUGACCCAGCACAUCCUACAGCAGCCAUGUGUAACUCGGUGUGUGACAAUGUGUGUGCCGCAGCAGCAGUGUGCAACCAAGGGCGCGUCGCAGCAGCCUUGUGUGACCAAGUGUGUGCCGCAGCAGCAGUGUGCCACCAAGUGCGUGACCUCCUGCGCCCCCCAGCAGCAGUGUGUGACUGAGGGCGUCCCACAGCAGCAGUGCCCGACCAGGUGUGUGACCACGUGUGUGCCACAGCAGCCGUACCCGACCAAGGGCAUCCCACAGCAGCAGUGUGCGACCAAGUGCAUCCCGCAGCGGUGUGUGACCACGUACACCCCGCAGCAGCAGCAGUGUGCGACCAGAUGUGUCACCACGUGUGUCCCCCAGCAGCGUGCGACCAAGUACGUCUCACACCGGUUUGUGAACGCUUGUGCCCCGCAGCAGUGUGCCACCACAUGCGUCCCACAGCAAUCUGCAACCAGGUGUGUGACCAAGUGUGUCCCACAGCAGCAGUGUGUGACCAAGUGUGUCCCACAGCAGCAGUGUGCCACCAAGUGUGUCCCGCAGCAGCAGUGUGUCACCAAGUGUGUCCCACCGCAGCAGUGUGCCCCCAAGUGUGACCAAGCAUAA